AUGAAAGAUCAUACCAUUUCGUUGAAAUCUCUAAAUAAUCGAACUAUGACAUCGAUCAAAAGUAGGACGAGAGAUAUUUCGCAUCUUACUGAUAGUCAAAUCAGUGCUCGAUUUUAGGAACAUAUUAAAUAGAAAUAGUUAGUUGGUGAACUUAAUUUAUAAUAAUAUGUAUAAUAAUAGAGGAUCAGAAAAUAAAAUUAAGCAUAUCUUAAUAAUCAAUUAAGAGUUAAGACAGAAGAGAAAUUAGAAUCUCCUUCGGAUUAAUUGAAUGAUAAUUAAAUCUUACCUAUUUUAGAAUAAAUCUCAGAACUUAAUUUCGAACAAAUUACUUAAGGAUUGUCUUAAGAAAAUGAUCGUAGUCAUAUCUUAACUUCUCUUAAAUAAUCAUUAUUCAAAGCAAUUAAUUCUACUCCUACAUUAGUUUCUCUUAAGUAGUAAUCUAGUAGUUUUUUUUCAGCCUAACCUACUGGACGAAGAGAUGUAAUCAUGCUUAAAUAAUGGUUUAUGAACUUUAUGGAAUCUAUUCAGUAAUCAAAUAGGGAUUUUAAAGAUAAAUUAAUAUCUUUAUCUGAAGCACUUCAUUUGUGUCUGCUAGAAAUUAUUAGAUAAAUAUCAUAUUAAUGUGCUGAAAGAGGAUAACUACUUCAUUCCUUAGUUAAAGGUUAUAUUUUAGUAUUUCAUAAACAUUUUAUGAUAAAAGAAUAAGAAAAAAGAAUUUUAAAAUUUUAAUUAUUUGAGAGAGAUAUUAAUGAAACCAAACAAAAAGAAGAAAUGGAAAUUCGAUCAUAAGUCUAAAUAAAUUAAUUAAAAUAAGAAUUAGAUAUGUUGAAGUAAAAAGAAAAUAUUAUAAAUUCAGAACGUAUUAGUUAUUAAUAAACUAUCAACAAAUUAUAGAAUAAAAUCAAUUUAUAACAGACCAUAUAAAAAAGUGCAGCAAAUAUGAUUGGUAAUUUGUAGAGGGAAAUAGAUCAAUUAAAGCAUUAGUUAUCAAAAAAGAAUUAACAUAAGUAUUCUUCAAUGAAUAAAUCAGAUGAAGAGGAAUAAGAUUUAUCAUUAUCUUAAGUACUUAAAGAAUUGAAUCAACAAAAUAAAUAUGAAUAGAUUUAAGAUGUAAUAGUAAAAGAUGCAAUAGAAGUAUUACCUGUUGUUUGUCAUAGUAUUGGUAUUUAAACAUUUUAGAAAUGUCUCUGUGUUAUAGAGACACAAACAGAUUUAUAAUUAAUGUCUCCUUAAUAUGAUAAGUUUUUAUCUAUUUAAGAAAUAGAAAAUACAUUUAAAGAAUUUGAACUUAAAUAAUAAUUAGAAUAAUAGAGUUGGUUAGAUGGACUAUGUGAUCAAAUGAAUAUGCAUCAAGAUGAAGCUUCAAUUAAUGAUUACGAAAGUAGAGGCAUUACGAAAAUUGAUAGAAUAUUUGAGGUACCAGAAAAUGAUGAAGGAUCUCCAGAUAUGUUAAGUAAAAAGAAAUAAGAUUUCAUUUAAGAUAAAAGAUAACAUUUUGAUAGAUCAGAAACAUCUGAAAAAAUAAUCAAAGAUAUAGAUAAGAUUGGUUCAGAUAGACUAUUAAAUGUUAAAUAAGUAGUGUAAUAAACAUCAAGUUCUAAUAAUACUCAAUAAAACUCAUAAUAAACAUCAUAAAAAUUAAUUAAAUUAUCACCCUAAGCCAGUAUCUAAUUAAAUUAAACUAAUACUUGUAAAACUGACACUGCUAAGUCUAAUCAAAAGUAGCAAACUCCCUUAUAACAAUCCUAAGUACCAAUAAAUACCUAACGAUAUUUCCCAUCAAAUGAAAAUUAAGAUAAAAAAAAUAUUAAUUCUCAAGAAAAAUAGGUAUAAAAGAAAAAAAGGAUGAGUAUUUCAUAAUAAUUAGGUUAAUAAUAAUAAUAAUCAUAAUAAUAAUCAUAAUAAUUUAAUAAUGCAAUUCUUAUUGAUUAGAAUGAUAAAAUAGAAUCUAAUUAAUAACCUAACUUAUCAAAAUAAUAAACUACUAUGUUGAUGUUACUUUAUUAAAUAUAAAAGUAAAAAGCAUAGAAUGCAACAGCUAAAAUGAAUGAAACGAAUGAAUUAUUAACAUAAGUAUUACUAUUUGCAAGAAAAUUAACUGUUCAUAUAUUGAAAACUUAAUUUAAAACACAUACUUAAAUUGCUGAAGAAUUUUUAUUUGAAUUUGAAUCUUUAAGAAAGAAAAUUUAAAAUGAUAAGGAAAUUUUAGAGGAAGAAUAUGUAUUAGAUGAAGAGAAAGAAAAGGAAGAGAAAAAGCAAGAGGCAAUGAAGAGAAGGAAAGGAAAAAUAUAGAGAGCAUUAAGAUUAAAUUUUGCUACAAGAUAAAUGAAGCAAAUACCAACAAUAGAUAGAUUAACUCAUCCUGGAGUAUUAUUGGCUAUAAAAGCAAGAGAUUAAUCACAUUUAUUUAAAAAGGUUGUUGCUUAUUGGCCAGUUAAGAAUGUAUUAAGAACAAUAUCUCAAAUAUAUUUAGAAAAAACAUCUUUUGGAGGUGAAGCUGAUAUGCAAAUUUUUGUAUUCAAUUUCUUACUAAAUAAAUAUGGUUUUAAACAUGUAGCAGAAAAAAAAUAUUUAUAGUUUCUAUUAUCAGUAAUUCAUUUUAGUCAAAUUUUCAGAGUUAAUUUAUUUGCUAGAUUAUUAUGUCUAUUACAUGAUGAACAUCUAAAUUUCACAUAAGAAGAAUCAGCAUUUCUAUUAUCAGGAUUAGAAUAUAUUCAUAGUCAAACUAGUCUUGGUGCCAACAUUGUUUAAGGUGAUAGCGAAUCUAAAUUCUAUAUACCUUAUUUAAGAGCUUUAGAGUAAAUUUAUAAUAUAUGUUAUAGUUAUAUAAAAAUGCAUCUUGAAAAUAAGUUAACUGAGGAUGAAAUUAAAGAACUAAGAGGGGAUUUAGAUAACCUAAAAGAAAGUGAUCCUAAAAAUAAAUCAGGUAUAGUUGAUUUAGAUUUAUUUAUGUCAAAGGUUUUAGAUAAAUAUAGAAAUGUUACUCAUAGAACUAAAUUAUUUGUUAUUCAUGCUUUUUAAGCAGCUGAUUUAGAUGGUAAUAAGAAAAUCAAUCAUAAUGAAUUUUUGACUUUGUUUAGACAUAUAGAAAGUGAUAAAUUUAAUUUCUAAGAUGCAUUAGAUUUAUUUGAUGAAUAGGCUGAUAUUAUUCAUUAAGGUGAGAAGAAUUUAUCAUUUAAUCGAUUCACGUCGGUUUGUGUAAAUCAAUAAAUUUUCACUGAAAAUGCUCUUAAUGAUUUUAUUGGCAAAGAAGCAAAUAUUGAAUAGAUAUUUGAUAAUGUAGUAAAAACAUGGAGUUAAUACAAAUCAGAGGUUCAAGGUUUAUUAACUCAGUUAUAACCAUUUGUGACAUAGGAAAUAUACUAAGAAUGGGUGAAUAUUUUAUUCACAUUAGAAAAGAGAAUUCUACAUUAGAAAACAGAUUACUAAAAUGUAAGACCUAUUCUAAUAGCUCAUAAAAUAUUAAAGUUAGAAUUGAUAAGAUUGUUGGAUGAGGAUGAAUAAAAUUAGAAUAAAGAUUGA